UCUAUAUACAUCCCCCGAUCGGUCAAGAACUAGCCCGCCGGCCGGACGGCGGCGAGCUUGUAGAUCUGUCAUGGCGAGAACUAGUUGGUCGUCGGCGAUGGUCGUGGCUGCUGCAUUGGUCAUGGCAGCCGCUGCGGCACAAGCACAAGUGGCGAGCGCGUACUAUUACCAGCAGCAGCAGCCCGCCUUCAGGGCGUCGGACUGGCAGGACGGCAGCGCCACCUUCUACGGCGACGACUCCGGCCUGGGCGCGGACUUCGGCGGCGCGUGCGGCUUCGGCGCCAGCGACAUCCUGUCCCUCUACUCCACGUACACGGCGGCGCUGAGCACGCCGCUCUUCUCGCAGGGCAACGGGUGCGGGCAGUGCUACGAGCUCCGCUGCGUCAACUCCCGGUGGUGCAACCCCGGCUCGCCGUCGGUCACCGUCACCGGCACCAACCUCUGCCCGCCCAACUGGUACCUCCCCAGCGACAACGGCGGCUGGUGCAACCCGCCGCGGCAGCACUUCGACAUGGCGCCGCCCUCCUUCUACCGCCUCGCGCAGCGGGUCGCGGGAAUCAUCCCCGUCCAGUUCCGCCGCGUCCCGUGCCGGAGGCCCGGUGGGGUCAGGCUCUGCCUGCAGGGGAACUACUACUGGCUGCUCGUCUACGUCAUGAACGUCGCCGGCGGCGGCGACGUCAGCGACCUGGCCGUCAAGCGCGCCGGGGACCCCGACUGCAACUACGCGCACGCCAGCCACAACUGGGGGGUCACGUACCAGGUCUUCGGCGCGCUGAGGAACGCGCGGGGGCUCGUCGUCAAGAUGACCAGCUACAGCUCGCCGCAGCAGACCAUCGUCGUCGACGACGCCAUACCCGCAGGAUGGAGCACAGGACUCUGCUACCAGGGAUCAAACAACUUCUAUUGACGAUAGGAUCAUCAUCAGAUCUAUAUAUUCAGACCUGCUGCGUGCUGCUAGCUUUUGGAUCUUCAUUCCUUGAUUUUCUUCCUCGUUCUCCUCAACUUCUGCAACUAUUAUGUAUGUAUAUUUCUCCCUGUGUGGAUCCAUUUUAUAUAUGCUCCCUUGAGUUAUUUAUUUGGGUUUCGUAUAUUAGCUAGGAUGGAUGUCAGUGCUAAUCGAUCUUCUCCGGAUUAAAUAUGUCAGUAUGCGCACGUAUGUAUGUGUUCUUCUCGUCCUAUAAAAAUCAAAGAUUCCUUUUUCUUUGUUAAA